AUGUGUUUACUCGAUUUUGAACUCCAACGGGCUAUUAUAAGUGAUGAGGGGACUCACUUUAUGAACAAGUUGUUAGCUGGUUUGUUGGCUAAGUAUAGUGUGAAACACAUGGUGGCUACCGCAUAUCAUCGUCAAACUAAUGGCCAUGCUGAAUUGUCUAAAAGAGAAAUCAAUCAUGUUUUUAAGAAGGUGGUGAAUCCAAUUUGUAAAGAUUGUUCCAACAGGUUGGUGUUCGGAAAAGCAUUAAAGACUCCUUUGAGUAUGUCUCCUUAUCGUUUGGUGUUUGGAAAAGCAUGCCACUUUCCGAUUGAACUUGAGCAUAGAACUUAUUGGGCUCUUCAACAACGCAUUCUCAACUUUUAA